AUGUUACUUAAAAAUAUAAACAUUUUGCCAGCAAAGAUAUUGAUCAGGAGUUAUGCGUAAGUUAAUAUUGUUGCUUUUUUACGUUUUUAGGGCCGAAAAUAGAAUGAACACUAGAUAUAUCACAGAUGGACGCGAUAUGUUUAAGUUGGCUAAUAGAAUACUGCAUAGGCAGAUGAGUGGACGAGCUGUUUUGAGAGUAACGAGGAAGUUUGUGGGAGGUCGUGGGUACGAGAAGAAGUUUCACUUUAUUUUACUGCAAACUUUGUUGAUGAAUACGGAAGUAUCUUGUUCUUAUCGUUUUGACUUGUUCAAAGUGUUGGUGGAUAAUGUGGACUUGGAGAGAGAACGAUCACAUUUGAUAAUGCCGUUUAUUGCCAGGUAUUUUUUGUUUUAGUUUAUCUUAUAGUAGGUAAACUAGGUUUUUUGAAAAUUAUGGGCUUUAAAGUGUUGUUAAAGCAUGUUGUCGUUUAUAUUUCAAUAGAGUAAUGUUUUUUUGUACAUUUUACUUUUAGUGGCACUUCAUUUGAAAAGCUUUCAAUAUUGUUCAGAGCCAAGCUGAUGGGAUACAAAGAUCUUGUUCAAGAUAACCUUGAAUUUCUGGCUAAACAUAUUGUUUUACCUGAAUUAGGUAGCCUUUAUGUUUUGUCUUUGUAUUUAAGUUUUUUUUCAUUUAUUUAAAUUAAAUUAUGUUUAACAAUCAAAAUAUAUAGCUAACAAUAUGUUAUAGUAGACUACUUGUUAAUAAUAGAUAAUACCUUAUUUUUAAUAUUUUUAAAUUUGUACUUAUGUAUUCGUAGAAAUGAUUUAAUUAUGAGUUUUUUUAAUUUCAGAACAUCGUCUAUACAAUGAUUUGAAAGAUACGGACAUUGGAAGGUUAGACAAAUUGUUUGACCGUUUGAAAAGUUUUGGUAUUCGAGAAGUUGAGAUUCUCGAUUUAUUUAAAACUAUUCAUCGUUUUUCACAACGAGAAACGAUAUAUGUUUCUUCUGUCAAUUUGACACGGUAGGUAUAGCUCAGUCUGUAUACUACAAUAUCAUGGUUAAUAUAUUUUUAAUGUUUGAUGCUGUAUUUUAAAAUACUGUCAAAUCUAUACAAAGUAAAAGAUUUUUUUACUAAUAUUGGGUAAUAUUCAAUUUCAGAUGGAUAGAAAUCAAAAGCCGGACAGUGACAUUAGAUGAUGAAUAUUGUAAAGGUAUUGUGAUACCUCUGACCAACCAACGACUACGAGGUUUGAUAGCAGCUGAUAACGUGCAAAAAUUGCAUGUUGAAUUGAUAAAGAAUGGAGGAUUUCCGAAGGAUACAGACUUUUCAAAGGUAGUUGAUGAGAUCAUUGUGUUAUACUUGGAACAGGCCAACUUUGGGUAUCUUCAUAAGCUUCUGCACAUGUUGUAAGGCUUUUAUUUACUGUAGUAGAGUAUUAUUUAUGAAAUUGUAAGAUUUUUUAACAAGUUAAUGAGGUUUAAAAUCGAGUUUAAUUUGAAAAAGUCGUCUAACUGGCAAUAAUAUUAUAGAAGGUAGAAAUUUUAACGCAUAAUACGUGUAAUUUCAAAGCCACAAAGUUGAUUGUUUCAGAAGCCAAGCAACAGAACCAGAAGCAUAUAACGAUGUAGAAGAAUCAUCUAAAAACCCUCACAAUUUCGUGGAAAACUUUCAUUUACUUCACAUUUUACAUCGAAAAUUCAUAGAAAUUGGUUACAGUGGAGACUUAAGUGUUUUAGAUGAGUAUGCCAAAGAGUUAAGGCUGCUUUUUCCAAGAGGUAAGGUCAAUAUGUUGUAUUUUAAUUUGUCAUAGCCAGGCUAGGGAUGGAGAGUGGUGGUUUAGAUUUGUUACGUAAAAACUGUAGUAUUCUUUUCAAAUUUGGUCUUCAUUAUUAUAUAUAGAGAUUAAUAAUAUAUGUGUAUGCUGUAAGCUUUGUAUUUCAGCCACAGCAGAUCCUUCAACUUUAUACCAAACUGUUGGAGCCUACCGUACUCUCUUCAAAGCUUUGCUACAUGAAAAAACAUUGACGAAGGAACUGUUGGACAAGGUGAUAAACUUCUUUGAUGGUUUAGUCAGACAAAGUUACCUAAACUUACAUACGAAUGAAACUAUCAGUCCGUAUAUUGUGAGGCGUGUACUUAAUAUGUGAGUUUAUCUUAUACCACUUAUCUCGCUUUUCUUUCAGCGAAUUAUAAUUAUGAUAAUAUAAUUGAAGCUUUAGUAUAAUAUAAGAUACAAGUUUGUGAUCAACUGGUCUUUUAUAUACUUUUUGACUUUAUAGUACGCAUGAAUGAUAUAUACUAUAAUUUUACUACAACUUUAGCCUUGGCUGGAACACGGCAGUAGAAACCUGGCUGAAACUGCAAGAAAAGUACCAUCUCUCGAAUGGAAUGCUCGAACUCUUGAUCGACGUCCUGACUCGACAACCGGUCGAUUGUCAUCGCAAGAACUUUAUCCUCCAGAAGGCGAGGUCAGAUCUGUCAGAGUCGAGAGUGAACGCCUUUUUGGCCAUUGCCUACGUCCAGCUUCAGAAGUACGACGAAGCCGAAGCCGUGCUAAGCGAAAACAAACUGAAUCCAAUGGAUUUGGCACAACUUUUCAGGCUUAACAAUUCAAUCCAAACGGCCAAAAUGGGGCAUGAGGCUGAUGUUACCUACGAGUUUCUGAAGAUUUGUCUAAAUUCGACCAAUUUGAAAAACGACCAGAAUGCGCUCAAGGUUUGUCAUGCUGAUUGGAUUAGGAUGUGCAGUAAGUUUUGAAGGUUUAUAUAAUUUUGAGAUUUUUAUGUCAAAUAAAUGAUCGGGCAGGGCUUUUGUUGACAGGGGUAUCACGGUAUACCACGUUUAAUUUUUUUUAAAAAAAAAGUUUUGAAAAAGGGUCAGUAAAAGUUAUUUACCUAUUGUACCAUACUGAUUGAAAGAUUAAAACGGGUAAACAUACACACACUGUAGUUACUGAUAACAUGGUAUUUCAGCUCGAAACGACCUUGGAGUUCACGCUAUGAGGAUAAAGGAACUACUAGAUGACUAUGGAGUCAAGCUGGAUGAUGAAUUUUUGAAUCGGGUCAAGACACUGGCUAGGAAACAUAAUCAGCUGGUCGAGUAGGUUGUUUUUACAGUAUAUAUAAUAUCUUGUAUGUUUACAACUUGGGGUGCUGUGGCAGCUGUGUUAUACAGUAAAUCAUUACUUUUUGAGUAAACGUUUCUCACUACAAUAGUGGCCAUAAAAACGAGACUUUUUACAUUAUAUUGUGUUAGUUGUUCCUAAAUUGAAAGAAAUAGCGUUUGAUUUAAAUAAAUAUUGUAGUAAGUGGAUCCUGGACCCGAAGACGAACUUACUGAACAGUAAAUUACUUGAUGGCUCAAAAGUAAUUGAACACAUCAAUGAAUUCAAAAAACGAACGGAAGAAGUUCAUCCAGAAGUGGAAUUAAACACGGUGAUGACAUAA